AUUACAUCGAUAUAUAUUGCCAAACCCAGUUCAGUUGUCAUUAGUGGUCCAGGUUGGAUUUUAACAGUGAGACUGUUAAUGGGAUUUUUCUUUCUCGUCAUAUUCGUAUCUUACAUUUAAUUAAACAAUAAAAAAUAAUGCAACGUCCUAAUAGACCUGGACGAAUUUAUGUAACACCUCCCGAAACAGAUUGGGAAGAUUUUACAAGGACUGAUACCCCUGAUGUUAGAAUCCUGGAUGGGAGAUUGAGAAUGGGAAGUGGUACUAAUGAUGCAAGAAGGUUUGUUCGAGCUAAAUCACGUAAAAGAGGUUUUAAUUACGGCUGGCCAGCUAAUCGGGAAGGAGGUUUCGCUCCUGAAGGGACCUUAUUCUACAAUCCAGAUCAAGCGCACCCUCCACGUCCUGCUCCUCCUCCACCACCUCAUGAACCAGUUCCUGGGCCUUCAUCAGGCUCCAAUUGUAGCAGCAAUAGCGGGAACAGUAAUGAUGUUAUGUCCCGCCUUCUCAGUGUGCUUGAAUGUCCAGUUUGCUUGGAUUAUAUCUCUCCUCCUAUUCAGCAGUGUCGUGAAGGUCAUUUAGUUUGCAGCAGGUGUAGACCGAGGCUUGAAAGCUGCCCGAAAUGUAGGCAGCCUUUUGCCGAUAUCAGAGCUAGGGCUCUGGAACAGAUAGCCGAGGUUGUCCCAUACCCUUGCUACAACACUGGGUGCGGAGCUAUGCCAACUCUGGCCGAGAGGCAGGCCCACGAAUCUAUCUGCCCCUUCAGAGAGUACCCGUGCCCCAUAGAGCCUUGCAGCUGGGCCGGUCCUCGCCCCAGCGUACCCCAGCACAUGGGCCAACACCAUCCGGACUUUUUGGUUACUUCUUCAAAUCAUGAGGUACGUCUUACAUUGACUCAACACAUGAAUGAGGAGAAGUCAUUUGUUAUGCAUUGUUUUGAUGAAAUAUUUCAUUGUGUAAUGGGUGUUGAUUGUCUCCAGGAUAUCUUUGUUGGAUUGGUUAUGUACCUUGGACCCAGGAAUAAUGCCAAGGAUUUUGAGUUCGAGUUGAAAUUUAAAAGAGACAUACCGCCCCAUACUUGUAUCUCAAUCACUAGGACAGUGUUAGAGGAAUCACAUCUAGGAACACAGUUGAGUGGUACAUCAGCCGUUGUGAUAAGCUUUUCAACCUUAAGGGAGGUGAUUCAGGAAGAGAUUUCGCGACCUCCCAUCCUCACUGUUUACAUCACAGUUACGAGAAGGAUAAAAACUUCAACAAGCUCUUCACCAGCUUCUCCCAGUCCCUCCCCAUCUCUAAACUAAUCAUUGUAAUGGAGAGGAGCCAUUAACUAUUUUGCAUCGAAUUUUUAAGUAUUGAUCUUGUAUAUUUAAUUGUGUAUAUUUAAUUUAAUUUUAAUUAAAAGUUCCAAAAUAUAUGAAUGUAAAUUUAGUGUGUGCUUUAUUGUUUUAUAUAUUAACAAUUGAAAAUAUUUUUUAAUCAGAAUUUAUAUUCUAUUUUGUUAUAUUACGAGAAGUGUUUGUUUAAAUAUAUGUAGAAAGUUAAAGGAAAACAAAUAUUAAGUCGUUUUAAAAAAAAAAAGUUUUCAUUCAUCAGUUUUACUUAAUUUCUUUCAGUUCUUUGUUUAUUUUCUCAACAGCUGUUCAUUAAGUUUAUUUUCUAAGCAUAUUAUUCUUCAUUGUGGAUUGAUGAUUGACUGUAGUGAAUAAUUGAAAGAGAAGAAUGGUAGGGUGAUCAGUAAAACAAAAAAAAUAAUUAUAUUUUUUUAUUUUUAUUUUU